CGUGAUUUGUGUACAUUUCUUCGUAUUUUCCAUAAUACAAAAAGAUAUCAGCAACAACAAUGGACUCAGAGGAUAACAACCGAUGUGAUGUUAACAUAAAUGUAAAUCUGAUUGAUAUCCUAGAUUAUGUUGGUGAUUCGGUGCGACCAAUUCGCGAAGGAUGUGCUGUUUUCGAAUCUAAACAUGUUAUUUGUAUAGGCUACACAGAAAAAUCAUCGGAUUAUCUGAUAAUAACAGGAUUCGUAAGACAAUCAUCUCAUCCGAGAGAACUUCCGCAUAAAGUAGUUUUAAAACUAACAAAUAAUGUAUCUCAGUGGGCUAUAAAUUGCUCGUGCAAAGCGGGCUAUAAAUUGCGCUGUAAGCAUAUAGUUGCUUGUUUGCUAGAACUUAAUCGUACGGAUACAUGCGAAUAUCUCUCGUGUACUAGUCAAGCAUGGGGUGCAACUAAAAGCGAGAAAUUCAAGUGGGAGGCAAAGCGAAUAUGUGAGCUUUGUUGUAUAAAACAUUACACUCGUUUAAAUCCCGAGAAUGUCAAUAUGAAAGAUCAGAUUAUUGCCGAAUCUUUUGAAAAAAUUCUCAAAGUUGCAACAAAUUCUUCAAUCGCGAAUCAAAGCGGGCGAGAAAUGAAUGAAUUAAUUUUUUAAUUUAUUUAUUUCGUCAAGCAAAUGUAGACUACAUAUAAAUUGUUUACAAUGUUCACUUACAUACUACGCAUUAUUUCUACGACAUAGCUGAGAUUUGAUUUGAUUUUUUGACAUAGUAAGGUCAAGAUGUUCGCUGUACUGAUUGUAAUGGCGCAUUAUUCGAUUGACUGGACUGUAUUUUGCAUAAUUUGUUCUAGCUUGUUUUUCUAAAAAUAAUUUCCUGGAACGUAGUUGACGGCUAGGAAUAUAAAAAUUUAAUUGCGAUAAUAAUGGAGCUGAUUGAAUGCGUUGAGAAAUAAUGUCGCUGAUAAAAUAAAGCAUUGCAAAGUCACGGCGUUCUUUAAGUGUUUGUAUAUUGAUGAGCAUGCAGCGUGCUUCAUAUGAUGGUAGAGGGAAUGUUGUCCAGUUUAAUUUUCGAAGUGCAUAUAAAAGAAAUUGUUUUUGAAUAGAUUCGAUGCGUUCUUCGUGAAUAAUAUUGUAUGGAUUCCAUACUAGGCUGCAAUAUUCCAAAAUAGGUCUGACAUAUGUAGUGUAUAAUAAUUUAAUUGUAUAUGGGUCCUGAAAGUUAUGACUGAAGCGUUUAAUAAAGCCCAGCAUGCUAUUAGCUUUAUUGAUUAUGGUAUUGUAGUGUUCCACAAAAGUGAGCUUGGAGUCUAAGAUUACGCCUAAAUCUCUUACAAUUUUACAUUUUUCUACAAGUUGAUUUCCUAGAUGUAUGUUUGUAGAUAUAGUUUCAUUUUUCCUACUGAAAGUUAUUGAGUUACAUUUUUUUACAUUGAGUUGGAGUAGACUUUUGCAGCACCAAAUGUGGAAUAGAUUGAUUUCGUUCUGGAAUAUUACAGCGUCGUUGAUAUUUUUAAUUUCCAUGAACAGUUUCAUGUCGUCUGCAUAUAUAAGCACAUUCAGAUUUUUGAGUAUGAAGGAAAUGUCGUUUAUAUGUAAAAUGAAAAGGAGAGGCCCUAAGUGAGAACCCUGAGGUACGCCAGAAGUUACAUUAAUUGGUUCAGACAGAAUGUUUUGGAAGCGGACUACCUGUACACGAUUCGUUAAGUAUGAUUUGAGCCAUUCAAGAAGAGUAUGUUCUAUGCCAUAUUUUUGUAGUUUGUGUAGAAGUAAAGGUAUGUCAAUACGGUCGAAGGCUUUGCUAAAGUCAGUGUAAAGCGUUUCUACGUAGUUGCCGGCGUCCAUUGCAUUCAGUGUGAAUGUCAUAAAUUCUAAGAGAUUUGUUGUA